AUGGCAAAAUGCCAGUGGUGGCCCAUCACCCACGUCCAGUGGCGGCCCAUCACCCACAUCCAGUGGUGGCCCAUCACCCACUUCCAGUGGCUGCCCAUCACACAUACCCUCACCCACAGCCAGUGGCGGCCCAUCACCCACGGCCAGUGGCGGCCCAUCACACAUCCCCUCACCCACGUCCAGUGGCGGCCAAUCACCCACGGCCAGUGGCGGCCCAUCACCCACGGCCAGUGGCGGCCCAUCACACAUCCCCUCACCCACGUCCAGUGGCGGCCCAUCACCCACGGCCAGUGGCGGCCCAUCACACAUCCCCUCACCCACGUCCAGUGGCGGCCCAUCACCCACGUCCAGUGGCUGCCCAUCACACAUACCCUCACCCACAGCCAGUGGCGGCCCAUCACCCACGUCCAGUGGCGGCCCAUCACCCACUUCCAGUGGCUGCCCAUCACCCACGUCCAGUGGCGGCCCAUCACCCACGUCCAGUGGCGGCCCAUCACCCACGUCCAGUGGCGGCCCAUCACCCACGUCCAGUGGCGGCCCAUCACCCACGUCCAGUGGCGGCCCAUCACCCACAGCCAGUGGCGGCCCAUCACCCACAUCCAGUGGCGGCCCAUCACCCACUUCCAGUGGCUGCCCAUCACCCACGUCCAGUGGCGGCCCAUCACCCACAGCCAGUGGCGGCCCAUCACCCACGUCCAGUGGCGGCCCAUCACCCACUUCCAGUGGCUGCCCAUCACCCACGUCCAGUGGCGGCCCAUCACCCACUUCCAGUGGCUGCCCAUCACCCACGUCCAGUGGCGGCCCAUCACCCACAGCCAGUGGCGGCCCAUCACCCACGUCCAGUGGCGGCCCAUCACCCACUUCCAGUGGCUGCCCAUCACCCACGUCCAGUGGCGGCCCAUCACCCACGUCCAGUGGCGGCCCAUCACCCACUUCCAGUGGCUGCCCAUCACAUCCCCUCACCCACGUCCAGUGGCUGCCCAUCACCCACGUCCAGUGGCGGCCCAUCACCCACGUCCAGUGGCGGCCCAUCACCCACUUCCAGUGGCUGCCCAUCACCCACGUCCAGUGGCGGCCCACCACCAAUACCCUCACCCACGUCCAGUGGCGGCCCAUCACCCACGUCCAGUGGCGGCCCAUCACCCACGUCCAGUGGCGGCCCAUCACCCACGUCCAGUGGCGGCCCAUCACCCACGGCCAGUGGCGGCCCAUCACCCACGGCCAGUGGCGGCCCAUCACCCACGGCCAGUGGCGGCCCAUCACACAUCCCCUCACUCAUGUCCAGUGGCGGCCCAUCACCCACGUCCAGUGGCGGCCCAUCACCCACGUCCAGUGGCGGCCCAUCACCCACGUCCAGUGGCUGCCCAUCACCAAUACCCUCACCCACGUCCAGUGGCGGCCCAUCACCCACGUCCAGUGGCGGCCCAUCACCCACGUCCAGUGGCGGCCCAUCACCCACGUCCAGUGGCUGCCCAUCACCCACGUCCAGUGGCUGCCCAUCACCAAUACCCUCACCCACGUCCAGUGGCGGCCCAUCACCCACGGCCAGUGGCGGCCCAUCACACACACGGCCAGUGGCGGCCCAUCACCCACGUCCAGUGGCUGCCCAUCACACAUACCCUCACCCACGUCCAAUGGCGGCCCAUCACCCACGUCCAAUGGCGGCCCAUCACCAAUACCCUCACCCACGUCCAGUGGCGGCCCAUCACACAUCCCCUCACUCACGUCCAGUGGCGGCCCAUCACACAUCCCCUCACUCACGUCCAGUGGCGGCCCAUCACACAUCCCCUCACUCACGUCCAGUGGCGGCCCAUCACACAUCCUCUCACCCACGUCCAGUGGCGGCCCAUCACCCACGUCCAGUGGCGGCCCAUCACCCUCGUCCAGUGGCGGCCCAUCACACAUCCCCUCACCCACGUCCAGUGGCGGCCCAUCACACAUCCCCUCACCCACGUCCAGUGGCGGCCCAUCACACAUUCCCUCACCCACGUCCAGUGGCGGCCCAUCAUCCACGUCUAG